GCUGCGGUAGGGGGUCUGCAUCUCCCUGUCCCCCUGGGAGCCCACCGUCCCUGUGCCAGGGGACACACUCCCAUGCAUGGCUCCUGGCACUGAGAUUCGCCCAGGGAGCCCCGCUGGCACAGCUGCCCCCUCGCCUCAGUAGCACUGGGAAGUUGGGGGACAGGAGCUGACGCACGGGCAGGGACAGGGGGUGACACCCGGCAUCACCUCCUGCUCCGUGGCGGGGUGGCCAUGAGCAGUCCCCCAGCCUUCUCCAGCGUCCGUAUAUCAGGCUGCUGGGCCCUCGGGCCGGAUGGGAGCAACAGCAGUGCCGAAUCCUUAGACCGGCUGUACCCUGCAGUGGGCUCCACCAAGCCACCCCGAAAACGGACCACUAGCCAGUGCAAGUCCGAGCCACCUCUGCUGCGGACCAGCAAGAGGACCAUCUACACAGCUGGCCGGCCACCAUGGUACAACGAGCAUGGGACGCAGUCCAAAGAGGCCUUCGUGAUAGGCCUGGGAGGAGGCAGCGCUUCUGGGAAGACCACAGUGGCCACCAUGAUCAUUGAGGCUCUUGAUGUCCCUUGGGUGGUUCUGCUGUCCAUGGACUCCUUCUACAAGGUGUUGACCAAGCAGCAGCAGGAGCAGGCAGCCAGCAAUGACUUCAACUUUGACCACCCCGAUGCCUUCGACUUUGACCUCAUCAUUGCCACCUUGAAGAAGCUGAAGCAAGGCAAGAGCGUGAAGAUCCCCAUCUAUGACUUUACCACCCACAGCCGGAAGAAGGAAUGGAAAACCCUGUAUGGCGCCAACGUGAUUAUCUUUGAAGGCAUCAUGGCAUUCGCAGACAAGGAGCUCCUGAAGCUCCUUGAUCUGAAGAUAUUUGUGGACACAGACUCGGACAUCCGCUUGGUGCGUCGCCUGCGCAGGGACAUCAGUGAGCGUGGUCGUGACAUUGAGGGUGUCAUCAAGCAGUAUAACAAGUUCGUCAAGCCCGCCUUCGACCAGUACAUCCAGCCCACCAUGCGACUGGCCGACAUCGUCGUCCCCCGAGGGAGCGGAAACACAGUGGCUAUUGACCUGAUUGUUCAGCACGUCCACAGCCAGCUGGAAGAGAGGAAGCUGCGCUGGGAUAUGGCCGCCCUGGCCUCUGCGCACCAGUGCCACCCCCUUCCUCAGACCCUCAGUGUGCUGAAGAGCACCCCUCAGGUGAGGGGCAUGCACACCAUCAUCAGAAACAAGGAGACCAGUAGGGAUGAGUUCAUUUUCUACUCCAAGAGGCUGAUGCGGUUGCUGAUUGAGCACGCGCUCUCCUUGCUCCCGUUCCAGAGUUGCACAGUGCAGACCCCUCAGGGACAGGACUACGAAGGGAGGACAUACAGCGGGAAGCAAAUCACCGGGGUGUCCAUCCUGCGAGCGGGGGAGACCAUGGAGCCAGCGCUGCGAGCAGUGUGCAAGGACGUCCGCAUCGGGACCAUCCUCAUCCAGACCAACUGCAACACAGGCGAGCCAGAGCUCCACUACCUGCGGCUGCCGAAGGACAUCAGCGAAGACCACGUCAUCCUGAUGGACUGCACGGUCUCCACAGGCGCGGCAGCCAUGAUGGCAGUGAGGGUGCUGCUGGAUCAUGAUGUCCCAGAAGACAAGAUCUUCCUCCUGUCCUUGCUUAUGGCGGAGAUGGGUGUCCACUCUGUCGCCUAUGCUUUCCCGCGGGUGAAGAUCAUCACCACAGCUGUGGACAAGAAGGUGAAUGACCUUUUCCGGAUAAUCCCUGGCAUCGGGACACAGUGCCUUUCUCUUGGGUCCUGCUGCUGCAUGGUUGCUGGGAUCAACACACACGCUCUGAGAGCUGUCGGGCAGCCAUAGCCUUGUUGGCAGAGGGAGCCAUGCCACAUGCCGUGAGCCUCCUCCAGCCCCACCUGGACAAGCUGAGCUGGGACAUCUGGAGCAGACCUGUGCUCACCUCAUUCCCUAAGCUGCCACCUUAAACAAGCUCAUCCCAAACAAGCUCACUAUGUUCUUCUGUCUUCACCUCUGCUGUGCCAGGAGACACCCCUGCCACAGGGUGCUAAAACAGCCUCCAGGCUGCUCCAGAUCUGCUGCUACAUGAGUUUUAGUGCUGUUCAAUCUGUCGGAUAAACCUGCUUUGGUUUCCGUGCCUGCUGGGGCCAGGGCAGGCUGGAGAACGGUCCCAGGGCUCCCUGCAGAGCUGUGACUGCUUCUCUCUCUUUCUCC